AUGUAUAUACAUUCUUUUUUUGAACUUGAAUGUUUCGUUUCCCUUCUCACGUAGGAAACACGAAAACACAAUUAUAAACUAACCAAGACAGAGAUAACCAGAGGUCAAAAGCAGAGAUCCCCACGUCUUCUUUUGUUUUCUUGAAAGAUAAGUCUCAUCUUUAUCAUAUCAUAAGAGGUAAGAACAAGAUUCUCUGUGUUUUGCUUCUCACUUUCUUGUUAACUCUUGAACUUUUGUGUCGAUUAGGAUGGAGAACAAACCAAGUAUAUUAACCGAUAAAUACGAGGUUGGAAGAUUACUAGGUCAAGGUCACUUUGCCAAGGUAUAUUACGGAAGAAGCAUCCACACCAACGAGAGCGUAGCUAUCAAGAUGAUAGACAAGGAAAAAAUCAAGAAACCUGGACACAGCGAGCAGAUCAAGAGAGAGAUCUCCGUGAUGAGUCUCGCUAAACACCCAAACAUCGUCGAACUACUCGAAGUCAUGGCGACAAAAACAAAGAUCUACCUCAUCCUAGAGUACUGCAAAGGCGGAGAGCUUUUCGACAAGAUCACAAAGGGGAAAGUGAGUGAGAAAGUCGCUUGGAAGUACUUUCAUCAGCUCGUCAACGCGGUUGACUUUUGUCAUAGCCGUGGAGUGUAUCACCGCGACAUUAAGCCGGAGAAUCUCUUGCUUGACGAGCACGAUAACCUCAAGGUUUCUGACUUUGGUUUAAGUGCACUUGAGGAGUCUAAGCGGGAAGAUGGUUUGCUUCAUACAUCUUGUGGUACGCAUGCUUAUGUUUGUCCUGAGAUUGUUAACCGUGAAGCGUAUGAUGGUGCUAAAGCUGAUGUUUGGGCUUGUGGGGUUGUCUUGUUUGUUCUUUUGGCUGGUUAUCUCCCUUUUUACGACGCAAAUCUAAUGGAUAUGUACAUGAAGAUUGGUAAAGGACAGUUUAAGUGCCCUAGAGGGUUUCCCGUUGAAGCUAAGAGGCUGUUGUGUAAGAUGCUGGAUCCUAACCAUGAGACGAGGAUCACCAUGUCAAGAAUCAAGGAGAGUUCUUGGUUCAGGAAAGGUUUAAAGCACAAGAAGCAACAAGUUAGAGAGGUUAAUCCCAUGGAGGCUGGUGGUUCAGGUCAAAGUGAAAGCCAUGAGCCUCCUCCUCCUCCCAACCUAACAAGCUUGAACGCUUUUGAUAUUAUAUCAUUGUCAUCAGGGUUUGAUUUGGGAGGACUAUUCGGAGACGUGCACAAGAAGCAAGAGUCUAAGUUCACGUCAAGAAAGCCUGCUUUGGAGAUUAUUUGUAAGCUGGAGGAGGUGGCUGAAGGUUUGAAGAUGAAGAUAAGGAAGCAAGAGGCGGGGCUGUUUAAACUUGAAGGAGGGAAGGAGGGGAGGAAAGGGAGGUUGUUGAUUGAUGCGGAGAUAUUUGAAGUGGCCGAGACGUUUCACUUGGUUGAAGUUAAGAAAUGUAGUGGGGAUACUGUGGAGUAUCAGAAGCUGGUGGAGGAGGAUCUUAGGCCUGCUCUGGCUGAUAUUGUUUGGGUUUGGCAAGGGGAGAAGGAGGAGGAUGAGCUGGUGUUGCAUGGCUAAUGGUUUUAUUUGCAUGCAUCCAUUUGUAUAGAUAGUUGAUUGUUGUAACAAAUUAGGAGCUCUUUAACCAUUUGUUUUGUUUCAUGUGAGCAGUGUUUGUGAGUUUUAUUGAGGUUUUGGUUGAUACAAUGGAAGGAUGUUAUGAGUGUGGUGUGAUUAAGAUAAUCUUGGUGAAGUAUAUAAAAGUUUUUACAGUGUUUUAUUUCAUAAACUAUGUUUCACGGUUAGGGUGUUCAAUCCGGAUUUUGGUUUUGGUUUACAAAAAAUAGCUAUCAUACUAAAACCAAAUCUACUUUGGUUUGGUUCGGUUUAUAUACUGUAAGUUUUCGGUCGGUUAUAUACUAAACCAUAUUUAUAUACCGCAGUUUUUUUUUUAAAUUACAUUCAUUCGGUAUAUUCGUUAUUAUCAAAUCUAAAACACUUUCUCUAUUUCGGUUUGUUU